GUUGCAUAACACAACAGCAUCCAAGGCCCUCUCUCUCUCUCUCUCUCUGCAUAUUUGGAUUUCUUUAAAUUGGCUCCUCCUUUUCUUCAGUGUUGAUUAAAAGGAUUGGGGUUCAGUAGAACCCACCUUCUCAAACUCCACAACAUCACUUGCAAUGGCCAUCUAUGGUACUACAAGGCUUGUCUUCCUCUUUUCUCUCCUUCUUGUCUUCUUGAUCACUUCUUGUUAUUCAACUUCUUCACAUACUCUAUCUCAUAGAAGGCAAGCCACAGUCCUUGUUUCUCUAAAACAAUCUUUUGAACCUCCCACACCUUCUCUUGAUAGUUGGAAAUUGUCCAACUACGCGUCCCUCUGCUCUAAUUGGACCGGUAUCAAAUGCGACAGCAAGAACAGAUCAGUAGUUUCACUUGACAUAUCCAAUCUCAACAUCUCUGGCUCUCUCUCCCCUGUGAUCACUGAUCUCCCAACUCUUGUCAAUGUUUCUGUCGCGGGAAACAGUUUCUCGGGUACUUUUCCUCCCAAUAUUCACAACCUAGCAAGGCUGCAGGUCCUCAACAUGUCCAGCAACCAGUUCAAUGGGAGCCUGAACUGGGAUUUCUCCCGAUUGAAGGAGCUCGUGGUGCUGGAUGCCUAUGACAACACCUUCUCUGGUGCGCUUCCAAUGGGUGGUAUCACAGAACUCCCAAGGCUUCAGCACUUGAAUUUUGGCGGGAACUACUUUGCAGGCAAAAUCCCACCAAGCUAUGGUGGUCUAGAGCAGCUCAAGUACCUCUCCCUUGCAGGAAAUGACUUGAGUGGUCCUAUUCCUGCUGAGCUUGGCAACCUUACUAAUCUUGAGCAGCUGUUUUUGGGCUACUACAAUCGAUUUGUUGGUGGCAUACCACCUGAGUUUGGUAAGCUUGUCAACUUGGUUCAUCUAGACCUUUCGAGUUGUUUGUUGGAGGGUCCAAUUCCACCAGAGCUAGGCAAACUGAACAAGUUGGACACACUCUUCCUGCAAACGAAUCAGCUCAACGGUUCAAUCCCACCCGAAUUAGGCAAUUUGACAAGCCUUAAAACUCUUGAUCUUUCGCUUAAUGGGCUCACAGGAGAGAUCCCACUUGAGUUCUCUGCUCUCCAAGAGCUCACCCUCUUGAACCUAUUCAUCAACAAGUUCCAUGGGGAGAUUCCCCAAUCCCUAGCCGAGCUGCCAAAGUUGGAAGUCCUGAAGCUUUGGCAGAACAACUUCACUGGAUCCAUUCCUACGAAGCUUGGAGAGAACGGUAAGCUGACUGAAGUUGACCUUUCCACGAAUAAGCUCACCGGAUUAGUCCCAGAGUCUCUCUGCCUUGGAAGGAGGCUCAAAAUCCUGAUUUUGCUCAACAAUUUUCUGUUUGGGCCUUUGCCUGGUGAUCUUGGUCAAUGUCAGACUCUCUUGAGAGUGAGAAUGGGGCAGAACUACUUAAGUGGAGCUAUACCAAUUGGCUUCCUGUUCUUGCCUCAGCUGUCCCUCUUGGAGCUGCAGAACAACUACCUCACUGGGCGAAUCGCAGAACAGACAAGCAAGCUACCUUCAAAACUUAACCAGCUGAAUCUUUCAAACAAUCGCUUAUCCGGGCAUCUUCCAACCUCAAUUGGGAAUUUCUCAGAGUUGAAGAUUCUUCUGUUAAGUGGGAAUCGAUUCACGGGUACCAUUCCAUCUGAUAUAGCGCGGUUGAGAAGCAUCUUGAAGCUGGACAUGAGUAGAAACAACUUCUCUGGCCUAAUCCCUCCUGAGAUUGGUAAUUGUCUCACUUUGACUUAUCUAGAUAUGAGCCAAAAUCAACUCUCAGGUCCAAUCCCUGUUGAACUUGCUCAUAUUCACAUACUGAAUUAUCUAAACAUCUCUUGGAAUCACUUGAGCCAAAGCCUUCCUGUUGAAAUUGGAUCCAUGAAGAGCCUCACAUCAGCAGACUUCUCUCACAAUAACUUCUCUGGUUGGAUACCUCAAAAUGGUCAGUAUUCAUUCUUCAACUCCACUUCCUUCACCGGCAAUUCUCAUCUCUGUGGAUCGUACUACAAUCCAUGCAACUAUUCAUCAAACUCACCGUUAGGAAUGAGCAACGAAAGUGGCAACAAAACUCAUGUCCCCAGAAGAUUCAAGCUUAUUUUCGCUUUGGGGCUCUUACUUUGUUCUUUGGUUUUCGCUGGUUUGGCAAUCAUCAAAACUCGGAAGGUGAGGAAGAAUUCCAAUUCAUGGAAGCUCACAGCAUUCCAAAAGCUCGGCUUUGGAAGUGAAGACAUCUUAGAAUGCUUGAAGGAUAACAAUGUCAUAGGAAGAGGUGGAGCUGGGAUUGUUUAUAGAGGGUCAAUGCCGAAUGGAGAACAAGUAGCAGUGAAGAAGUUGCUGGGAAUAAGCAAAGGCUCUUCUCAUGACAAUGGCCUAUCUGCAGAAAUCCAGACGUUGGGUAGGAUUCGACACAGGUAUAUUGUCCGAUUGAUGGCAUUUUGUUCCAACAAAGAGACCAAUUUGCUUGUUUACGAGUACAUGCCUAAUGGAAGCUUAGGUGAAGUUCUCCAUGGAAAGAGAGGAGGGUAUCUCAAGUGGGACACUAGGCUGAAAAUUGCCAUGGAAGCCGCAACAGGCCUCAGCUACUUGCACCAUGAUUGCUCCCCUUUGAUAAUCCACCGCGAUGUCAAGUCCAACAACAUCUUACUAAACUCUGAUUUUGAGGCACAUGUAGCAGAUUUUGGACUUGCCAAGUUCUUGCAAGGCACCGGAACAUCAGAGUGCAUGUCUGCAAUUGCCGGUUCAUAUGGUUAUAUCGCUCCAGAGUAUGCAUACACAUUAAAGGUUGAUGAGAAGAGUGAUGUGUACAGCUAUGGGGUGGUGCUUUUAGAGCUCAUAACAGGAAGAAGACCGGUUGGGGACUUCGGAGAAGAAGGGUUGGACAUUGUUCAAUGGGCAAGGAUGAGAACAAACUGCUGCAAAGAAGGGGUGGUGAAAAUCUUGGAUGAGAGACUAGAGAAUGUCCCUCUAGGCGAGGCGAUGCAGGUGUUCUUCGUCGCGAUGCUGUGUGUUCAGGAGCACAGUGUGGAGAGGCCUACCAUGAGAGAAGUUGUCCAGAUGCUCGCUCAAGCUAAACAACCAAAUACAUUUGACAUUCAAUGAAUUCUAGCACUCAUCCAAUGCAAUGUUUUAUAUGUGUAUAUAUAUAUAUACACAUGGUAUUGAGAAGUUUAACCUAAUAGGUGCUCUACCAAAUCUGCAAUUGGCUUGAAGUUAGGAUGCUCUGCUUAUGCAUUAGUGUUGAAUUAGUAUAUAUACCACAUGAAGAAUUAUUUUUACUUUUUUUUUCUUUUUUCUUUUUUCUUUUUUUUUUUUUUUUUAACUUUUUAUUGGGGUAAAUAGCAGAGUGCUGCUAUUGAAGUUUAGAUUUGAGAGUAUUUUAGUCAUUUGGUUGUGAAGCAAACAUGAACAGUGAAAAGUGUACUGGGAAUGUGAGGGAUGGAGUGAGAAAUUAAUGUAUUAUUUUGUCAUCAUUUUGAUGGUCUGAGCAAAUGAUAUGUGAAGUUGCUUUUGUUCAGAA